CUUUCCCCGUCAGAGGAAAAAGAGAGGAGAAAAGAAAAGGAGAGUUGCAGACUUUGAUAACUUUGUCCAGUGAAACGACCGCGUUUGACGGCCCCGAGGGGGAGAGAGAGAGGAGAUGGUCGAGGCAGAAGGGGUCACCCUCGAAGAGCUGAGGAAGAGAAUGGCGGAGUUUGCGAGGGAGAGGGACUGGGAUCAGUUCCACAGCCCUAGGAAUCUUCUCUUGGCUCUGGUGGGAGAAGUGGGGGAGCUGUCUGAGGUAUUCCAGUGGAAAGGAGAGGUGCCGAGGGGACUCCCCGACUGGAAAGAGGAAGAGAAGGAGCACUUGGGGGAAGAGCUGUCUGAUGUGCUGCUGUACCUUGUCAGGCUGGCUGACAUAUGUGGGGUGGAUCUUGGAAAGGCUGCCCUGAGGAAGAUGGAGCUCAACGCCAUUAAGUACCCGGUCAAGCUCUGCAAGGGCUCCUCCGAGAAGCACGCAGAAAUCAAUGAUCAUGGGACCGCUGCUGCUGCUGCUGACAGCAGCAGCACCACCAAUAUUAUUGAUGAUGGUGUUUGAUUAGUGAUGGCUAGCAUAUAUCACCCACGGAGGAUGCCGGUAACCUCGGUGGAGGGGUUGCAGUCGCCAAUUGGCGGCCCCAAUCCCGAAUUGACCGGGGACCUCCGAGCUCGUUGCCUGUAAAAUUUUGGGAACCAGGUGGGGAGAUAUAGCAACAUCUCGUUAUCCAAAACUCUUAGCUUAACUGAUUGUUCAUCUCGGAAAGCCAUCGGUGAAUAUCACUAUGUUUCUUGUUACAUUCUAGAUUAACGUGUCAUACGGAUUAAGGACCCGGUUUCUUUUCGGACAGCUGGGUUAUAUCCGGGUCAAAUCACUGCAUUAAAACUCUAAAAGCAACAUUGGAUUAUGCGGGUCACAUAACAUCCAUACAUGAAACCAAAUGACUUUUAGGUGGGUCGGUGCGAUUGCUCGGAACGAGGUCAAAGAAAUAUGUGCAACCCCUUUUCUGGUGUCGUAGGCUUUUCGUCGAUAUGUUUUGUAUUUUGGGACCAUUUUCAAAACUGUAAUGUAUGGCUUUGUCUGCUA